CGCCCUCCAGCAUCCUCCGGAUCCCCUGCAACGUUCCCUAGGUUGAGGCUAAAGCAAAACAUCGCAAAGAGGAGGGCCGGCUCUCUCUCUCUGUCCUCUCUUUUUCGUGGUGUUCUAUUUUUAUAAGAUUUCUCUUUUUCCAUCACUUCAUCUUCUGGUUUAGUUCGCUGUAGCCCUUGUUUGGUUUGAUUUCGUUUUAGGCCAGAGAGCGAGCGAGGGAGUUUACCUAGAGGGAUCUGGAGAAAUGCGAGGUCCGGUCGGGGGGGAUUAGGGCUCGAGAGCGGCCGUGGGGGAAUGCGGCGCUUGUGCACGGAGGGCGACGCCAACGCCACCACCAGAGGAGGAGGAGGAGGCAGUGAGGAGGAGGAAGAGGAGGGAGGCGAGAAGCCGUCGCUGGCGGCGCCGCCGGCAGCGGUGACGACCGUGGCGGUUGCGCACCACCACCACCACCACCACAACCCGAGGAGCAGAUCGCAGGGUGGGGGGCGGCGGGUGACGCCGACCACCUGCGGAGUGGAGGAGGAGGCGGUGGUGGAGAAGGUGCUGCUAAACGGGGAUCUCUACAGGGGAGAGUUUGACGGAAGCCUGCCGCACGGGAAGGGGAAGUACCUGUGGUCGGACGGGUGCAUGUACGAGGGGGAGUGGCGGCGGGGGAAGGCCGCCGGGAAAGGGAAGUUCUCGUGGCCGUCGGGGGCGACGUUCGAGGGGGAGUUCCUUUCCGGCCGGAUGGAGGGCUUCGGGACGUUCACCGGCUCGGAGGGCGACACGUACCGGGGGUCGUGGAUCGCGGACCGCAAGCACGGGUAUGGCAGCAAGCUGUACGCGAACGGGGACUACUACGAGGGAACGUGGCGGCGGAACCUCCAGGAGGGGCACGGCCGGUAUGUGUGGCGGAACGGGAACCAGUAUAUCGGGGAGUGGCGGAACGGGAUCAUCUCCGGCCGCGGGGUCCUCAUCUGGGCCAACGGCAAUCGCUACGACGGCCAGUGGGAGAACGGCGUUCCCAAGGGGAACGGCGUUUACACCUGGCCCGACGGCAGCUGCUACGUUGGCAGCUGGAGCAAGGGGGAACCAAAGACCCUCAACGGCACUUACUACCCGGCCGCCGUCGCCGGCGGAAGGAAGGAGAUCGCCGGCGGGAGGAGGAGCCCCUUCUCUCCGCUGGAUGAUGCAUUGCUCCUUCCACCGCUGUUCCCAACGUCGAGGAAGAGGUCGUCGGUGGACGGAGCGCCUGGAAGGGCAAGCGCCGCCGCCGCCUCCGAGAAGAACUUCCCCAGGAUCUGCAUCUGGGAGUCGGACGGCGAGGCCGGGGACAUCACAUGCGACAUCAUCGACCCCCUCGAGGCGUCGAUGCUGUACAGGGACGGGACCUCCUUCGACUCGGGCUGUGGGGGCAUCGAAGCCGCGCAGCGGCGCCGGAGCCUGUGCUGCUUGACUGUCGGGGAGGUGAAGAAGCCUGGGCAGACAAUAUCCAAAGGCCACAAGAACUAUGAUCUCAUGUUAAACCUUCAGCUGGGAAUCAGGUACUCUGUGGGGAAGCCAGCUUCGACGCAGAUGGGAGAGCUCAGAGCAGCAGAUUUCGAUCCAAGGGAGAAAUUCUGGACGAGGUUUCCUCCUGAGGGAUCCAAGAUUACUCCACCCCACCAGUCUUUUGAGUUUCGAUGGAAGGAUUAUUGCCCCAUGGUCUUCAGACACUUGAGAAAUUUGUUUUCUGUGGAUCCUGCGGAUUAUAUGCUCGCUAUCUGUGGUGAUGAUGCAUUGCGUGAACUAUCUUCACCUGGGAAGAGCGGCAGUUUCUUCUAUCUGACCCAAGAUGACAGAUUCAUGAUCAAGACAGUGAAAAAAUCUGAAGUGAAGGUGCUUAUUAGGAUGUUAGCCAGUUACUACCAACAUGUCCGUCAGUAUGAGAACUCACUUGUCACAAAGUUCUAUGGCGUGCACUGUGUAAAGCCAAUAGGUGGGCAGAAGGUUCGUUUCAUUGUAAUGGGCAACCUUUUCUGCUCAGAGUAUCACAUACAUAGGCGGUUUGACCUAAAAGGUUCAUCCCAUGGUCGAACAACUGACAAGGCUGAGGCAGAGAUUGAUGAGACGACUACCCUUAAGGACCUUGACCUCAAUUUUGUAUUUCGCCUGCAAAGAUGUUGGUUUAAAGAAUUCUUUGAGCAGAUUAAGCGGGACUGUGGAUUUUUGGAAUCUGAGAGGAUUAUGGAUUAUAGCCUCUUGGUGGGAGUUCACUUUCGUGAUGGUGUUUCGGCUUCUAAAAUCUGUCUGUCUCCAUAUAUUGCUUCUCCAGAAUUUUCUGGCAAGAGGGAAUCAUUUCAAGGUAGAGGGGGAUUCUCCGAGUUAUGCUUCUAUGAGUCAGACUGUCAAGAUAUGAAUCGGAUUCUGGAUGGCCGGAAACCAUUGAUUCGGCUGGGCUCAAACAUGCCAGCAAGAGCAGAGCACUUGUUGAGGAGUGAGUCCGAGUCUGCACCUGCCCAAAGUGGUGAAAUCGAUGACGUGAUCCUCUACUUUGGAAUCAUCGACAUCCUCCAGGACUACGAUAUCACCAAGAAGCUGGAGCAUGCCUACAAGUCAUUGCAGGCCGAUCCCAAUUCCAUCUCAGCAGUGGAUCCGAAACUCUAUUCCAGAAGGUUCCAAGAUUUCAUAAGCAAGAUCUUUGUGAAGGACGAGUAAGCCAAGGGAAAAAUUAAAAGAACAAACCUAGGACAAAUUUUGAGCACCAACAGUAGAAAUGUUCAGGGAAGGAAAAAAGUCAACUGUGGAGGAACUGCUGCGAUUUUGAGGGAUGUGCUCCGUGCCCUCGGCAGCUAUCGGCAGUUGAUAUAUAUCUAUAGCUCCAUGGUACGAAGGUGAGAGGUGUAAAUGCUGAUCAAAUUGGGGGCAUGCUUUGCCUCCUGGACUUGGAGACUGGAGAAGCAAUUACAAGAUUGCUACUGAUGGUGGGUGAGGCUGAAUUUUGAAGCUCAGCCAUGGGGAAGAUUUGUACAUGCAAUUUGGGAGGAGAAUUGAAUUGCAGAUUUUUUUUUUUUCUUUUCUUUUUUUUUUCUCCCUUCCUAUUGCUUUGUUUCUUCUUACUUUUUUUUUUUUUCGAUCUUAGGAUAGGGAGGGAAUAGAAUUUUUGUUUCCUUAAAAGAAGGAUUCUUAAGUUGUUGGGUUAUGUAAUAAGAAAUGUACAGACAGACAGUGAUCAUGAGGAUGGCUGAAUUAGAUUUAAAUUA